UGCAAAGUUACAUUCUUUAUUCCUUUCAGAUCUAAAAAUUUUAUUCGGUGCUUUCUUUUUGUAAUAUAUAUGCCUCUUGUAACUUUUGGAUUUCCCUUUUGAGCAUUGAAUUUUAUUGAUUAUAUUUUUUCCUGUUUGCUUUCUGGGUUGUUUUUCUAAGGUGCAAAAUACCUUGUAAAAUGGAAGGGAUUGUAGUUAGAAGGGUGAUUCCUUCAGACAACAGUUGCCUUUUUAAUGCUGUUGGAUAUGUUAUGGACCAUGACAAAGAUAAAGCUCCUGAGUUGAGACAGGUUAUAGCAGCGACUGUGGCAAGUGAUCCUGUAAAAUAUUCUGAAGCUUUUCUUGGAAAGCCCAAUGAAGAGUAUUGUAUUUGGAUUCAGGAUUCAGAGAAGUGGGGAGGUGCCAUAGAACUCUCAAUAUUAGCGGAUUAUUAUGGACGUGAGAUUGCAGCAUAUGAUAUUCAGACCACAAGAUGUGAUUUAUAUGGCCAGGAAAGGAAAUAUUCUGAAAGAGUCAUGCUGAUCUAUGACGGGCUUCAUUAUGAUGCUUUAGCUAUGUCUCCAUUUGAGGGAGCUCCAGAGGAGUUUGAUCAGACCAUAUUUGCUGUACGGAGGGACAGGACCAUAGGGCCAGCAGAGGGACUUGCUCAGAAUCUUGUUAAGGAGCAACAAAGGAAAAGGAGUUACACUGAUACUGCCAACUUCACUUUGCGCUGUGGAGUAUGCCAAAUUGGGGUGGUUGGCCAGAAAGAAGCUGUGGAGCAUGCUGAAGCAACAGGGCAUGUUAAUUUUCAGGAGUAUAGAUGACAGUAACCAUGUCAGAAACCAAACAAAACGUAUCCAUUUUGUUUCACUGAACUGUGACCUCAGAAUUUCCCUGGCUUGCUGAAGAACCAAUAAGCAUUUUACUGUUACCUCUGGAAUGUGUUGUAGAAUUGAAAAGAUAUACUACUUUGUUUUCUGGAAAUAUGUUCAAAUAUAUCAAUUGCCUGUUAGAUGCAA